UGAUUCUUUACUGAUGAAACAGACUGUUGCGGAAUUUUGAGGUAAGCGAAAUUCUACAUUUGCUCUAUCUUUAUGAUAUUGAGCACUCUAUAUAUAUAUAUAUAUAAAAAACUCAUUAAUAAUUCAGGAGCAAAACACAAAGAAAAAUCAUAAGCGUGUCGUGGUUUUAUAUGUGAUAAAAAAUCAUGUUAAUUUACAAAAACUUUAGCUUUGAUUUUCUCGGUUUAGACAAAGUUUAUUUUAAAAAUUACUUCGCCAAUAAACUCGUAUAAGAUGAGUCGUUUUUUAAGCCAUUUAAAGCACUUGUAAUCGUGUUUUAUCACAUAUAAAACGCUCGGCUACGCCUCGCGUUUUAUAUGUGAUAAAACACUCCUACGCGUGCUUUAAAUAGUACAUAUAUAUAUAUAUAUAUUUACAAAUUUUAACAAAACCCAGUCUGUUUAUGUUUAAGUGAAUAAUACAAAAAAUGUUGCACUAGAAUCUAAAUUAAAAAGAAUAAAAGUAGAUAAUCAGAAAUUGUUUCGCGUCGUUCUAGCUAGCCGCUUUAUUUGGGGUUGCAGAAAAUCCCAGCCUUGUAAGGCAGAAAGAAAUUGCAUGCCCUCUCUGCGUGGGACUGUUUAAUUUAACAGAAUAUAGUGAAGGGCCCUUUAUUUGAUGUUCCAGAAAAAGUUAGCCUUACAGCGCUAAGAAUUUUUGAACUAUAGUCUUAAGUAUGUCCGUCAGUGAGAGUUCUCGACAAGCCAUAGUAUUCUAUUUCACAACACUGAUUCUUGCUCAGCUGGAAUAAGGUAUGGGAGUAAAUAAUUGCAUGGUCAGCGUAGUCUCAGACAAGCUGGAACAGUUUGGCUGAGACUGGGAGACAGAGCACCGCUCACGCGAAUCGAGGGUGGGGUCCGGGUGGGCCGUACUCAGCCAUAUACGCCAGACCAUGCAACUGAGCAAGGAGGGAGUAUUCUGGCUUGGCCGUCCUUUUAUACAUUCCUGUUUAUGCCUCCACCCCAAUAACUGUGCCCACAUUUGCAUUUGAUGGCUUUUUCUGCCUUAUUUCCGCUUUGCAUAUCAUUAUCAGCGUUGUGAAUAUAGUGUAUACAUUGCUCAAUUGCGUAAACUGGGUGUCCAAAAAAGGUGCCCCUACUAUUUUUCUGUGGUAUUACAUAAUUUAUUUAGCUUUAAUAUAAAACUCAGAUUUUUACACUAGAUUAAAUAGCUGGAUUGAAUAAUAAUCCAUUAACAUUUGGGUAACCAAUUGCCUUGUAGAAUCACUUAAGGUGGCGACACUAAUAUUCUGAAAUGUCGAAAUCAUGAAAAUUAGGUUAACAGGUAUAUAUGUUAAUAUAUAAUAUACUUUUAAAAAGCUGUGAUAGCUUUUCUUAUAGAAUGAAGAAACAAUUAAAUUAAAAUAUACAUAGAAGAGUUGAACGCAUGCAACAGCAGCUUCAUACAAGAUACAUCCACAUGCAUGCAGGCAAAACAAUGAUAGAUCAUUGAAAGAUGCAUUUUUAAACGUGCAUGGCCAUAAGAUUUCUUAAUCUUCGUGUUUGAAUAAUGUAGAAUGAAAUUUGACAAUGUUAAGUGUAUUGACCCAGAUUAUUAAGUUGCUUCAGCAAUAAGAUAAAUAUUGUUAACAAUGCAACAUGCUGGGCGUAAUACGGGAUUAAAUAUACAGUGUAAAUUGGCUUGUUUCUGACCCUUUCUUGGUUAUAAAAACUCAUUCCUGCAUGGCUGAUCUAUAUGCUAGAUCUAUGGAGAAAUAUAUCAUAUCAAACUUUAUAUAAACUUAUAAUCUGUUUUAAGUUUGGGUCGAGUGAUACAAAAAUGUUGCACUAAAAUCUCAAUUGAAAAGAAUUAAAGUAGAUAUCCAGAAUAUUGUUUUGCGUCGUUACUGUUUCCCAGAAUGUAGUGAGUGCACGCACUUUAGUUGAUGUCCCAGAAAUAUUAGCCUUGCAGCAUUAAGAAAAUGACCCCGCCUUGAAACCGUUUAUACACUUAUAUUAUAAACUUAAUGUUUGAGCUUCGGGGAGCUACUAUACCCCUUGGGUCCCCUGAGGACAUAUAAUUAUAUUAUAAUCAUAUUGUUGUAAUAGUGAGUCUGUGGGGCGACGCUUUGGCCACAGUUUAAAAUAUAAUCGGAGCAUAUUUCUCCUCGACAACCCUUCUCCCACAGCAUUGCAUGUGUGUGUCAUAGCUGCUUUCGUAAUUGUUUUAGAAUAUUUGCUUGACGAAUUGGUUUAUCCAUAAACUGGGACAAUGUUUCGUCAGUAUAUGACCGUCGGCGAGAGUUCUCGAUCAGCCAUGCAUAAUGUAGCUCAAUUGUAUACUGCUCAAUUGCAUAUGCUGUCCCAAAUAACGCCUCCACUAUACUGUAUGUUGUGGUAUAAUACGUUAGAUUAUAGAUUAGAUUUUUUAUACUAGAUUGAAUAACUGCACUGGAUAAUAAUCGAUUGACUAACCAAUUAUUGCCUUGUAGAAUCACUUUUAAGUGAUUAAAAUAUGCUGACAUGUCGAAAUUAUGAAAAUUAGAUCAACUGAACAGUAUAUAUAUACAUGUUGAUAUACUUUUACAAGGUUGUGAUGGCUUUGCCUACAAUCAAGAAAUCAUGAAAUUAAAAAAUAUACAGAAAAAAUGAACGCAACAGAAGCUUUACACAAGACACAGUCGCAGGAAAACAAGCUAGGUAGGAAAGAACAAAUGAAAGAUGCAUUAAUGAAGAUGAUUGAAAGAUGCAUUAAAAUGUUUUUAAACGUGGCAUUAGCCUGACCACAAGAUAUCUUAAUCCUCGUGUUUGGAUAAUGUACAAUGAAAUUUGACAAUUGAUAAGUGUGUUUACCCAGAUUAUCAAUUAACUUCCUUCAGCAAUAAGACAAAUAAUAUUAUCAACUCAACAUGCUUGGAGUAUAUACUGUAGCUAUGACUACGGUAUCAAUUUAUAAAGUUUAAUUGAAUUAACAGUUAAUUUGAUAUAUUCCACAAAGGCCUAACCCUAAAUUUUCUCGGCCAAGUUAUUUUAGAUAAGAAAUUUUAGUUUUUAUUAAACCCUCCCCAACUAAAAAACAUGCGUAUAUACCUCGGCUGAUCAAGUUCUCUGAAAAUUCACGGUCUGCAUGUUGAAAAACGUUUAUCUUUCGAAAGCGGACAAGGGCGAUUCGUCUUCAAUAAUUGAUCAUAUAACGUUGUCUGUCAGGGAUGAUCUUAUUAAAAUAUCAACUUUUAGAACUUGGCCAUGCAUGUAGGUUGUGUGGAUAUAUGUCGCAAUAUAUAAUUCCACUGUUCACGAAGCUGAUUUUGAAGGAUUAAUUCAUUCAAAAUUCAUCAAAAAAUCAAACGACAUGAAAAAGAAGGCGUGCUACAGUGUAUUUCAUAUUCAUACUCUUUUGACGAUAUUCCAAUUUAGUAAUUGCAAAAUGAAUAAAUUCGAUAUGCAUCUCCUAAAAGUCGAUUAAAUUAAAAAAUUUCAUAUUUUGUAAAUAUGAUUUGGAACUAAUCUCAGUAAAUUGAUAUUGGCGGUAGCUAGAGCAUUUGAUAUAAAAAUACUCAAUUCUGAUUGGACAAGAGCAGGCAUGCACUCCAAUUGUUUUUGAGCAAAAAGAGAGUAAAUCCUGUAAAAAUUACCUCCUAACAAAUAUAAUCUUAUUUUUAGGCUGACCUUAUAUUUCCAAGAAAAUUGAUCAAUAACACCCAAUUGUAAAUACAAGACGCUGCAUGGUAUUUAAUGACGAUCGCUUGGUUCUUUUGUCAACCUUUGCUUUUGACAGGUUGUCAGAAGGCAUACAGACUAAAACUGAUCACAGUAGGUAGAAUCAAUCAUUACGUCUCAAGGAGCUGAAGGAAGAAGACAGAACUUGCUUGGAGACAAAAUUUACAAAAUGAUGUCUGCGAAAAUUCUGUUGAAAAUCCUCAUUUUCUCAGCCUGGCUGAGCUUGGCUUUUGGUUUAUCGCAAAGCGACAAGGUAUAGUUGGUACUAAAAUGAUGAUAGGUGAUACAUUUGGUAAAAUUUCUUAUAUAUUUCUCAAAAUUUAAGCCCAGCAGGUUCUCUAUUACUGCGCAUGUAUAUUACGAUUGUGGAUUGUAUAUGCACGACACGCGAUUUCUAUAGUAUAGAUACGUCUUAUUUCUUAACAUACGAUCGCAUCUUUACAAUUGCUUAUACUGUUUUGGUUAUACGGAAACAAUUUUAUAUAUGGUUUUAUUUAUAUCGUCAGCUGAAAGCGAGAACUGCCCAUGGGAUCCAUCAAACAUAUGUGUCGCAUAACUAUAUUCUUCAGAUGUAUGUGUGUUAAUCAUGAAAGUAUAUAACAAAUAUAAAAUAUAAAAAAACUUUGAAAAUGAUUUAUAUACAGGGUGUCCCAAAACUUCAACUGAGGAGCGUCUCUGAAAAUAAGAGAGCAUACAGUAAAAACUCGCGCAUAAAAGAACCACUAUUUUUAUAUCAGGCUAUUUAAGUGGUUCUUAUAUAUUCGGGUAUUUUAUAAUGAGAAAUCGGCCUGAGUUGGUUCUUAAAACUGUUUCUUUAUAUUUCUAGUCGAAAACAAUUGUUCCUAUAGUCUGGUAUUUUAAAUUAUUUGUUUCUGUAAUUAUAUAGUAUAUAAACUGUUGAUCAGUAUUACACGUCGUCUAGUAAUUGCUAUUAAAAGGUUUCCGAGUGUCCUCAUUAGAUACGUAUACCCGUAACAGAUUAUAUGCUUUUCCAUUUGCAAUGGUAUUAGAUCAAGCAUACACCUGCGAAUACCCGCCUGCAUGCAUGCCCUCACUUAGAACAUGCAUUCUAGAGGAUUUUUUUAAGAAUCAGUCUUAUUCGUCAGCCUGAAGUGAUCCUUGUAUUUUGGGUGCUUAAUUUUGCUAAAUUUCAGGCUGUUGCUUCUUAACCCGCUGGUCCUCGUAGGCGAGUUUUGCCGUACGCAAAGGUAUAACCACGCGGUUAAGCGAAAACAUAUCAAUGUGGCUAUAUAUGAACUACCGCAACCAUUUAUGUAGUGUAGGUAUAUAUAUAGCUUAAUUAGUAGUCACGAUAAAAUGUAUGCGUGCUUCACUCUGACUUCAUGCCAAAAGUAAAAAUCCGUAACUCACAUCAAUGCCGACAUAUAGUAAUACUAUAUACAAAUCAUAUAGUGGGGGCAUUUUUUGGACAUGCAUCCUGUACAUGUAAAGUCUCUGUAAGUGUAAUGUAUAUAAACUUUUCCAAGAAAGACAAACAAGUAUAUCAGGUAUAUUUAAGGAGUGCAUCAGCGAUGCGACCUUUCAUUAACUGUUCUGAAAGUCUGCAUUCACUUCAGGAGCAAACAUACUUUUUUUGAAAGGUUAGCUACCUCGUCACAUCUGCUGUGAUCGCUUUGGCAAAAAUGAAGAAACAUUUCAAUGAAAAUAGUUGAACCAUACAGCAGCUUCAUACAAGAAGAAACAGUCAAAACAAUGAGUAAAAUAAUCUGAAACGAGCCUGACCAUAUUAAGAUAUCUUAAUCUUCGUGUUUGGAUACGAUGAAAUUUGACAACUGUUAAGUGUGUUGACCCAGAUUAUUGAGUUCCUUCAGCAGUAAGAUAAAUAUUACUAAUACUUAAUACAACAUUCUGGGCGUAAUAGGGAAUUAAAUAUGCAGUAUAUAUAUAUUGGCUUCUUAUAAUCCCAAAUAUACCUAAUCUUUCUUCGUCAAUAACUUACCACGCAUUUCACUGAUAUGUGCAUUCCGCAUUUUUUCUCGCUUCCGAACGGCGUUCGACACAAGCCUGGUUACAAAAUUUGGCGCCUUUUCAAGUUUGAAUUUUCUUGAAUGACAGAAGUAUUGAUGAAAACUUGAAAAGGCGCCGAAUUUUGUAACCAGGCCUGCGUCGAACGCCAUUCGGAAGCGAGAAAAAAUGCGGAAUGCACAUAUCAGUGAAAUGCGUAGUAAUUACACUGGAAAAACUGAUGUGAAAUUCAUACCAUGGAAUUCAUACCAAUGAAGAACAGAAAAUGUCAGCAGAAUAAGAAAACACCAGACAAGGCACCACUGCAUCUCUGGGAAUGGCCAGGCCAGCCAUGGUCACAAGUUUAUAUAGAUUAUGCUGGAGCGUACAAAGGAGAAAUGUUCCUUGUGCUAAUGCAUCAGUCAAAUCCAAGCGUGCCCAUGCCCCCCGGGGCAUUUCCUGCCGAAACGCCGAAGAAAGUAUUCUCUUUAUUUUCAGGUAGUUAGAUAACCUACUCUUCUUAGCCAAACAGUCCAGCUGUCCCCGGGGAGGGCGAUUUGCUACUGACUUUUUGCCCCGCUGCAGGGCAUUUUCACGUGUUUUUUAUCCCCGCCCCCGGGAAUUUGUCGCAUACUUUCGAGAAUUGUCAAAAGGUCGGGGGUUUCCUGAUGAGAUGGGCACGCUUGGAUUUGACUGAUGCAUAAUAGAUGUCUAUUCAAAGUUGGUGCAAUUACACAUGAUGAAGUCAAUUACUUCUACAGCUACAAUGGAAAAGUUAAGAGAAAUCUUUGCGACCCAUGCACUACCCAAGACAGUCGUUAGUGACAAUGGGACUAACUUUUUAAGCAACGAAUUUGAGCUAUUUAUGAGUCAGAAUGGCAUUGAACAUAUUAAAGUAUCACCGUAUCAUCCAGGCCCUAACGACCAAGCAGAGCUGGCAGAGCGGGAAGGAAUAGCGAAAAUGGAAGGAGCCUAAAAAUCAAGCUGGUUAGAUUUCUUCUCAAGUGUCGUAUUAUCCCACAUUCCACCACGGGAGUUCCACCGGCUCAGUUGUUGAUGAAUCGGAAAUUACACACCCAAUUGGACCUACUCCACACAAACGUUGGUGACCGAGUCCUGGAAAAGCGAACACAACAAAAAUCAUCCCAUGAUUAUCAUGCUAAUGGGAGAUACAAGUGGAUGACACAGUUUAUAUCAAAGAUUUCAGACGUCCAUGCAAAAUCUUGGAUGUCGGGAACUGUGGUUGAGAAAACUGGUCCUGAUUCGGCUAAAGUGAGUCUGAGCACUGGUGAAAUAAUGCGAAGACAUUAAUUGGACAAUAGAAAUUAGUAGAGUUUUUAGGCCAAAUGUAUUGACUUAUAAAUACCGGUCUAUUUUUCCCAUGCAAAACUAUAUUCCUCUGCAAUAAACAUAAAUAACUAACUAUAUACGUGCUCUUUAAAUAGCACGGCAAACAGACGAAAAGUUUGAAAAUGAUUUAACGAUACAGGAUGUCCCAAAAAUGCCACUUCACUUUCAGUGGUGGUAUUUCUAAUCUCUCAAUUAAAUCUUAUUCUAGUUUGAGAAAUUGAAGAAACAAGUCAAAAGGCAAGGGAGUAUGAUUAAAAAGCUGGAAGUAGAAAUCCAAUGUAAGAAAACGAAAAGACCAAUAAGCGUAUACAUUGUUAGAGUUAUAGAAAAUAAGGCUAUAUCACAAUUUUAUUAAACCGUAGCAAGGAGGUUGCAAUUUAAUUUAAAGUGUUAAAAAUUUGCUUCUAUACUAAUACAUGCAGCUAAACUAAAAAACACUACAGACUCGAUAGUUAUAUUUACUCCUUUGCUUUGCUUAAACAAGCUGAUUAAUUAAGAUCAGGAAAAGUUCUCUAUAGACUCUUGCCAAACUCUAACACCCAAAUGUAAUAUCCAAGUUCCAAACAUGAAUCUCUGUAGACGAGUAAUGAUACGCAAUUGAUAAAUGCGAGCAUCAAACAGUGUUAUUAUAUUACUAUAGCCUAAUGUGCACUCGUCGUUUUAGUUUCCAAUCGCGAUUUUACUGGACGUGUAUAAAAAACAAUUUUGUUUGUUGCUAUAUAUGCUGUUUUAUGUCUGCGGCUUGCAAAGUAUUAUUCCGUUUAAACUGCUUAUUUACAGUGGAUUACAUUGCCCGCCUCGAUUUCAAGCUGUUGUUUCGUGUGCACUCAAGCAAAUUUGGGAAGUGUCUAUUGAUAUCCACAUCUACCCUUAUGUACCCAGAAGAGUAUUAGGAACGCGCGUCUCAGGAAUUAUUUUCGAGUUUAACAGCUUUCAAUACAAACGAAAAAUUAUUAUGUUUUAUAGAUAUUUUGAAGCGUUUCGACAGGUUACACAAGCAGUCUUGUUCAGCUUUGUCGCUAAAGCACUCAUCAACAACCGGUGGAAUGUAUUAUUUAAAUCCUCUUGGACUCAGUUCAUCGCCAUUGGUUCACCUAUACUGUGAUAUGACGUCAAAGAAUGGUGUUGGUGUAACGGUGAUUGGACAUGACAGUGAAUCAACGACACUUGUGAAUGGAUAUGAAUCUCCAGGUUCUUACAGACGAAAGAUUAAAUAUGAUAUUUCCAUGGAACAGAUCCUUGCCAUUGUGAAGCAGUCCAAGAAUUGUGAGCAGUUUAUAAAAUAUCAAUGUUAUAGCAGCGGUUUUUGGUUUUACUCUACACAUGAUAGUUGGUGGGUAUCACGUCAAGGUUCGCGGAUGAAUUACUGGGGCGGGGCGGCAGUCAACAGUGGAAAAUGUGCAUGUGGAUUGACCAACAGCUGUGCAGGUGGAGGAAAAUGUAAUUGUGACGCGAAUGACCGGACAUGGCGUGAAGACAGUGGAUAUCUGACUGACAAGAGCACACUGCCUGUUACUGAGAUGAGAUUUGGAGAUACCGGUGCGGGACAUGAGAAAGGAUACCACACACUGGGAAAAUUGCGAUGUUGGGGUUAGGAUAGAAGAGCGGAUAAUACAUGAACUGAAACGUUAUCACUUAGCAUAAGUAGUAUAGAACGCGUCUUUGGUAAAAGUGUCAAUCAAAAAUAGUUUAACACAAAAGUAGAACUUAUAGGACAUAAUUAUCACCAACAAUUCGCGCUACAUAUUCAACGUUAGUACUUAGUACUACGCUUAAAGAUGCUGUAAAGUCCGUUCUGCUCUUAACAAAGGGGGACCCGCAGAUAUAAACAUUGCCCAAAUUUUUGCAUUUUUCGAACUUUUUUGAAUUGAAACGUAGAGUUUAUUCAUUUACAAGCAUAGGAAACCAGAAAAGUGUUAGAUAUUCAGUUAGUAUAUCAUAUUUUACAAAUAUACUAGCAGUUCAAAAUGUAAACAAAGCGUUUGUUUACAUUAUGGACUUUACAGAUCUUUAUUAAUAUUAAUAAUAAUCAAUAUCAAGCCUCUUAUAUCAUAUCAAACUAUAUAAAAACUUAAAAAUAGGAAAUCUGCUUUAUGUUUAAGUAGAAUGAAUGAAAAAUAUUGCACUAGAAUAUAAAUUGAAAAGAAUAAAAGUGGAUAAUCA